ACUGAACUGAACUGAACUGAAAAUAAGUAAAUAUGAACAAGCCCUAAAUCAGACUGAGCAUAAAUACUUCAAUUCCUUGCAUCCCAAGUUUUAAAACCCACAAAAAUUUCAAUUAUGCACAAUGCUAGUCAAGCUGACCAACUAUUUAAAUAAAAUUAAAGUCAUCUUAAAAUAUGUAUAUAAUUUUUUAAAAAAAAAUUAAAAAAAAAAAAAACGACAUGAGUAGGGUUUUUAUGUGUUUGAGGCUCGCCGCCUCCUUGUCCAAUUAAUUUUAAUUAAUAUACAUUCCGUACCACUUACAAAAAAUAAAAAACGAAAACAAAUCACAAAUUUCGGUAAAUACUCCUAUAUAACUAGGAAAGCUAUUCCUUGUUUACAUAACAUACAAUUUGCAGCAAUUAAAUUUUCUUCUUAAACUCGAAAAAUGGAAACCUAAUUUUCUCCUCCAUAAUGAAAUAGCAGAGCUUUCAAUUUUCUUUGAAUCACCAUGAUUUAGCAUUCGAUUUUCUCUCUCCAAUAAUCGGAAAAACAAUUCUUGAUUGUUGGAAUGCAUUCUGCAAUGAAGAUUUUAUCAGUAAACACUUUGUAUGAUUUCACGGUCGUACAAACCGACACGGCGACACCGUGCGCCGGCGAAGAUGAUGUUUUCCAGAUUGAAUUCCGAUACCGGAACUUUCAAUCACGAUCACAAUCUUCAAGAUCAAUUCGAAUCCCUCGCAAUCAAACUUCAUCGAUGGUGAUGAUUGAUACGUUGCAGGAAUUCGAGGUUCCGGAAACAACUCGAUCAGAUAUGGCGGCGCACUUCGAUUUCUUCGUCGAUAGAUUAUCGCGAAGAGGUUGUAAUCGGAGAGGUUCGAUUUGUGUGAAGGUGAAUUUGGAUGCGAAGGAGUUUUCGCCGGAGACAGCGGAGGCGAUACAGAGGAGGAUCGAGUCAGGGAGGAGAGAGAAUGAGAGAGGUGUUCGGAGAGUUGCGGCGGCAGCUGCGGUGGCGGAGUUGGAGGCGGUGCCACCACUAGAGGCGGUAGUGGAGGGUUUGGAGAGGAAGAGAGUGGCGGAGGUGGAAGACGAGGGAGAAUGUUCGAUAUGUUUGGAAAAAUUAGGUGUCGGGACGGUGCUGAUAGUGUUACCCUGUUUACAUGUUUAUCAUACGGAGUGUAUCAUACGGUGGCUUGAAAGGACUCAUUUUUGCCCGUUCUGCCGAUUUAAGUUACCUUGUUGAUUGUUGACUGAUUCUUUGAUUUGUUAGUAUUUUUCAGAAAGAAAAAAAAAAGAUUAUUUUUUUGGAAUUUGGAUGAUUGUUUUUAGGCAUGAUUUUUGGUUAAGAAUAAGUCAAGGAGUAUUUUUGAUUUCUAUAUACUUUCAAGUUUGAUAUACGAGUGAUGAACUGAACAUAACUUGAGUAUUUGCUUUUUGUCACAAAGAAAUAGUGAAAAUGUAAAUAAAAAAAAAAAAA